UUGGUGAAGACAAACAAGCCUAGCUCUGCCUCAAACCCAAGACAUUGUUGAGGAGCAGAAACAGCAAACGAUGGCAUUGAAUUGAUUGGCCUAUGCAGAACAGACUCAGGAAUUGCCAAUUGAUAUUAAUCUUUCACCGAAGAGCACUUCUUUUGCCAUUCACUUCAUUCGCCCAACCAUCCGUUGCAUCCGCCGUCAUGGAGACGGAGUGGAAUCAGGUCAAGCGCAGACGCGGCCGUUUGCGCAACAUACCUGCUUCAAUACAUGGAGCGGCAGACUCAUUACCCGACGGCAUUCGGCCUAACCCCAACCCCGAGCUCUCCGUUGAUGAUCUCUGGAAGUACCACGAAGCAGCGGCCAAGGACUGGCAAUUAAUCGAGUGGUGGGCACAACUACGACAAGUUCUCGAGCUGGCCUCGGACAAGCCACACCGCCCUGUCAUCACGAAGGCCGUUUGCUUAGGACCCGGUCCGUACGAACCAAGUAACGGGAGCGUCAAAGCAAGGAAGACUGCCCACAUGCAGACAGCCGCCUUCUGUUACAUUGUUGACCAUCUAAAAACUAUGAGUGGCCAAGAAAUCAAGUGCGUAAUUCAAGAGCCUCGGUUCACUCAAACAGACAAGGACUUUUGCGCAAAACUGGGUAUCGAUGCUGUCGAGAGCCCUGCCGGAUUCUCCUUAGUGGAUGGGAACACGCUGUUGUUUGGUAUCCAUAUGGAGCUCGACAUCUAUAACCAAGCCUUGGCAACACUCCCAGCAAUCUACGUCGGAGCUAGCUUGGAAGAAUGGGAAAAGGUCGUCCACCAAGGCUCAACGACGGAUAACCCGCUCGCUGCGUAUACUACGAUGGACGAAACCUAUGAUAAAUAUCCAUUUCCUGACCUUGAUUACAUGUUUUCAAGCACUGUCAUGUAUUGGAAAAAGGACGAAAGUUGAACAAGGCCAUCCCGCACCUCCUGGUGGC